AUGCCGGCCCAAGACACCGUUCACUCAUUCCCCAAUGCCAUCCCAUACCAAGCAGAACCUCCGUCGCAGGGCGACGGGCAGCUAGGGGAUGUUCCGCCCAUACAGGAGGCCGCACCCUGGUCGUUGCGCGGCGAGAACCACAUGCCUGUUAACCUUGCAACCUCGCACGCUACCUCCAUUGCCCUAGGCUGGGGUGCGCAUGCGUCCUCAAUGGACUCCCACAGUACCAGUGGCACCAGUUGGAGCGAGCGCAACGAUGUGGAGUACUGGCUUCCGGACAGUCUAGAUGCUCAGAUGCCCAUCUUUGAUUUCCCGGGCAGUAAUAUCUACCUAAAAACAUCCCUCCCGUCCAUUAUCCAAAAUGAGAUCGAGCCUUCGGCGUUUGCUUCACGGCAAGCGGGAUCUUCAGGCAUUCCCGUAUCGAGCGUGGGAGCUCCUCAUGCCGAACUGAGUGGCGUGAAGACGACAUGGCCCCCUUCCAUUGUGGAGGCAAAUAUGAUCCCAUGGAUUGACGUUUACUUUGACCGCUUGCACCCGACCCUACCGGUCUUGAACCGGUCAUCUUUGUUCGUCCGGAUGCUAUCGCAAGAGCACCGGAGAAACCCACAAUUCGGCUCAAUGCUAUUGUCUCUGUGUGCCUUCUCUUUGACCCAACCAAUUGAGAUAGAUGAACGCCCUACCUCUCAAUCUCGGGCAAGCCAGGCCAGGCUGAUGAUGAACGAAGCGAUAAAGAUGCGAAGCUGCUCCGAAUUCGGGGAGCACCCGACAAUUGAAGCUGUUCUGACAAGUUUCUUCCUAUUUGGCUGUCUCUUCGGCAGCAACCAACAUAACGCUGCGUGGCUCCGUCUGCGAGAGGCCCUGGACCUUGCCGCUACGCUAGGGUUGAACAUCCCGGAUUCUUAUCGGGAUCUUACUAGCGAGGAGAAAGGUCAACGCUUGUGGACCUAUCUUGUCUUAUCCAUCACAGAGAGAGCAUACGCACUACAGCGUAGACAUCCAAUUACAUUCUGGGGAAAGCCAGGGUUCAGCAUGCGCUCAGUUCAUGAUUUUAUCGACAGUACCACUCAUAGUCUUGUAUCGGGCAUCAUUGUCCAUAACGAGAAAGAUGCCAAGGGGGUGAUGGGCCUAGCUCUUUUGAUGGAGCUGUUCGAUGCGGUUGAUGAGGACGUCGUUGAUUGCUGGAAUCGACGAUGCAGCAUCAAUGGUGGCUAUUGCGAAACGCUCACAGAGACGAAGGUUUUGGCCAUUCACCAAAAACUCAGCCGUGUCAGCGAGUCCGAACGAUAUAAGGGAUAUGACUGGUUUGAACACAGCAAGUCAACUGCUGACGAGACCCACAGUGUUUAUCCAGCUAUGGGGUUGCGAGAGACCCAAUGUGCCGAUAUCUUCAUCACCAAGAAGUGGCUUCAGAACCGCGUCUGGGUACUAUGUUCCUCGCAUGGACUUUUAAAGCCCGCAUCGGACCAUCAUGAGCUGUGCUUCGACUAUGCCAUCUCUAUCGCCAAAGAAGCACUCGAAAUUUGCCAGUCGCUGCGCCUCAGUUCCAUGGAAGCGCAUGGAAUAGGACUUGUUGAAAAGCUAUAUGACAUUGCUAUUAGUGCCAUCAGCGUCUCAUCCAAUACUCAGUUUUCUGAGAGCAACGGGUUCACUCUCAGUACUGCUGUGGAAAUCGUAUCAAAGCCUGGUAUUUCGCCUACAGAUUUCCAAGAGUCAACCUCGCCGCCCUCUGCAGGCACUGCAUCUCUUCUACCAUCUCUCGCAGAAGACUUCUUGCUAUUGUUAGGUAGUCUCCGUGGCGGAAACCACCCCUUUUUGGAAAAGUAUAAAGCUUUUUUGAGUACAUCACACACCAACGUCAUUACAGGCCAGAGCUGGACUCAGCAAUAA